AUGGCUGUCGAUACUUCUGGUCAGCAAAAUGGCGCUCACCCUCCUUAUUCGGUGCUCGAUGGCAGCAAAAAGGCUACACAAUUCUUGAAGCAGGUCGCCGGGAAUCAGAUACCACCGGAAUUUUUACCGCAUCUGGACGAGGUCACUUUAACGACCGCCACUGAUGGAACCCAACUAUACUUUCCAUGCCCGUUCAAAGAGACUGAAGCGACUGUUGCUCUUAAGUCAGUUGAAGCAGCCGCGGUAGCGGCCCUCGCUCAACUCCGAUUUCCAAACGAUGCACCGAAGAGAAAAAUCGAGGUGGACUUGGAGCGAACGGCCACUUUUUUAUUCUCGACAUACAUUGCCACGAUUGCUGGUAUGGGAAAGCAAGAUCCAAAUGUCAAAUCGAAACUCAAGAAAACCGAUUUGCUCGAGGCGCAAGCAAUUUUAUACCGAAGGUUAUCUGCCAAUCUCUACGAGACCAAGAAUCCUGGAGAGUACUACCACAUCCAUGGAUCUCUCGAGGCUGGCAAGACCUUGAACAUGAUCGGCUUGGAAGCAUACCGACCAGAUCUGACCGACUACCGAGAAUGCAUCGAUGUGAUCGAGAGCCAUGUUAAGAAGUUCACUGUUCCUGAGUUGGAAGAGAUGAACGCAAGGGAGAGGCAAGCAGGCGUUCCCGUAAUCAAGUGGGAGGAGUUCAAGCAAACCAAUCACGGACAAACACUCCUCUCCAUUCCUCCUUGGGAAGUGCGGAAAAUUGCCGACUCACCCCCAGUACCCUUCUCCGCCUCUCCCUCGCCACCCACCCCAUCCUCAAAGCCGCAAGUCCUUGCUGGGAUCCGGGUUCUCGAACUAUGCCGUAUCAUCGCAGGUCCAGCCAUGGGGCGCACUCUCGCUGAAUAUGGAGCCCAGGUAAUCAAAGUGACCUCGCCUAAUCUUUCCGAUGUUCCUUUCUUCCAAGUCGAUGGCAACACUGGCAAGCACACUUGCGAUCUUGACCUGAAAACUCCAGCUGGCCGGCAGGCAUUCGAAGAGCUUCUCCAAACCGCCGAUGUAGUCCUUGACGGCUAUAGACCUGGUAGCUUGGAGCGAUUGGGCUACGGACCUGAAAAGCUCGUGGAGCUGACCAAGGGACGAGGCAAGGGUAUCGUGUACGUGGCAGAGGACUGCUUUGGCAAUAAGGGGGACAUGGCUGGGCGACCAGGCUGGCAGCAGAUUGCGGACUGCUACACCGGUGUCGCGUGGGCCCAAGGCCAGUUCAUGGGACUGGAUGAGCCCGUUGUUCCUCCCUUCCCCAUGUCCGACUACGGAACUGGAUGUAUGGGUGCCAUUGCUGCUCUGACGGGACUCUUCCGGCGGGCAACGGAUGGGGGUAGCUGGGUUGGUCGCACGAGCCUCUGCCAGUACGAUGUCUUUCUCCUGGGACUGGGGCUCUAUGGGAACGAUGUCCAAGCGCGGGUCCGCGCCGACCACGAUGAGGAUUUCUUUGGUUUGCGACACGCCGAUAGCGUCGAUGAAGUUGGCGGGAGAGCGCUGAAGAGCAUGCGCAGAGCCCACCCGGAGCUCUUUGACAAGAGCCUCAUGCAGACCGCUUUCAGCCGGGGCUUCGGAGAGGUGAUUAGCUGGUGUCGAAGUCCGGUGACGAUAGAGGGACUGAGAGUGGGGUUCGAUCGCGCGAGUCGACCCAAUGGGUUUGAUGCUCCGACUUGGGAGGAUUGGGAGGUUGAGGAAAGUGUUGUGGAGGGAUAG